UAUCAUCAGGUGGCGAUAGUUACGCUCUUAUUUAAAGCCCAAAAUAAAUACUGUGCAUUAGAAGUUUCAAACAUCGAAACCGAACGAGUUCUGAUUUAACAUUCGUAUGCAGCAGUUCUUUACUUGAUUCGACAGAUUUUUAUGGUAAUAAUUCGUGUCCGACGACGAUCUCGAACGGUCGCAAUGGACGUUUAAGAAAAUGUCGGCUGAAGAAACUGUAUCGGAAAGGGUUCCAGGUUACUUCGAGAUCUUUGCUAAUCACCUUAUUAACGAUUUUGAAUUUGUCUGAUAAUAACUGUUUACACACGUUGAAAUUCCUGUCAGUCGAAGAGUAUUCGACUUUACAUGUAAUUGCAAACGUCAAACAAUGGAGACAUUUUUUACUUAGUUGAAAAAUACUUUUUUGUUAAAAUCGUAUAUAAUUCUUUCUGUCGUUAUGUCUUCUAAAAGGGUUAAGGAAGGUAAGUGUCAUGAAUUUAAUAACAAGGAACCUUUUUAUAUCAAGCAAAGACGCAUGGCACUAAAUAGACUAAAGGAAUCAAUGAAACCAUUAUUGGAUGAUAAUAACACCUCUGAACAGAAAAAGUCUUCUGUAUUUAAGAAUGACUUAGACACUACAUCAUCCAGUGAAACCGAUCCUGAAGGGAAGUUUGCUCAGUCACAUACAAGCAGGGAACGGACGAAACUUGAUAAGCAUAACCUAAAGAAAGAUAGACGAAGUAGUUACAUCAAUGUGAGAAAUGAUAAAAGUAAAAGGAUAGAAUCAGAUUCAGAGUCCAGCGAUACUGAGGAUAAUAUUAAUGAUAAACGUGCUGAAAGGAGAGACAGAAGGAUCUUAAUGUUGAAAUUGAAGGAGAAGAACUUGAACACUUUGCAUAGAGAUGAUACUGGAUCCAGUUCCAGCAAAGAAUUUCAGAAAUCGAAGAUCUCUCACGUCGGUUCAAAUGUAAUGAAAAAACUGGCUCGAAGCCAAAAGCAGAAUCGUAUGACGUCCACGGAUUCGAAUUCUGAAUCUGUGAAUGAAAAGAUCGCUACAGAAAAGCUCAGUGAUAAACAGAAUAUAUUCUUCAAGUCUGGCAUUAAUAAAAUUAUGAAUAAAAUGAAGGAGCUUUGCUCAGAAUAUGAACUGCAAGUGGAUAAUAUUAAGUGGAAGCAUUUGAAGAAGGAUAUGCGAAAUUAUGACUCGACAGAGAAAGUAUAUAAAAAAUUGAAGACGGUGAUCGAAAGUAUGAAGGAAGAGCUUGACGUGCAAGAUAAGAAGCUAAUAAAUUUCUACGAGGACUGGGAGAAGAAUUGUCGAUCGGAGAACACGGAACAUGAAGACAGCUCGCCGAGCGAGGCUGAAGAAUCAAAAACAGCGGUGAACGAGAAGGAAUCGGAGAAAUUAAAGAAUGUUUCUCAAGUGUCACCCAUAGUCUCCGAAUGUGACGACGAGAUAUUUUCCGGCAACGAGGCGCAAGCGACGUUAGGAAAAAAUGAUAAAAAUAAAAUCGAAAAUCUUCCUACUAUUGCAGAAAUAUCAAUGAAUGAUGACAGCGAUCAGGUUGAUGCUUCACCGAUCGUGGCAAAUAGAACUAUAAGAGACAAAAUAUUGCCGGUCAAGACAGAUUUAACAGAGCAAACGAAGUUAGCUGAGGAAACUGGAGAUCAAAAGGAAACAUCUCAAGAGUGUCCAGCUUCUGACAUCCUGAGUCUGAACGUGUCCGUGGAUGAUAUAUUCGAUGAAACCACAAUAGAAAACGUAUCUCCUUCGCCAAAAAUCAAAGAUGAAAGCGAUAAUGGAUCAGAGACGGAUGUUACUUUAAAUAAAAACGGAAGUGAUUCCAUGAUUAACGAAAGGAAACGCAAGAGGAAUAAUUCGUCUGAUACUGUCGAAGGAUUAGAAAAGUCACGUGAAAAAGAAAUGGACAGUUUUUCGAACACACUCGACGAAGAAGAGCGGGCUAAAAAAGCUUUGUUAACUUCGGAUUCAGAUACGCCCCCAAUUACGUUAAUUAACGAUAUAACUACAACUGUAGAAUCGAGCGAAAACGAUAACAUAAAGGAAACGGAUGCUACAGAAACAAUGAAACCCGAUAAAAAGAGGAAAAAGUAUAAUAACAGGCAAAAUGAAUCCGAAGAUAAAUCCCCGGAAGAUUUGACCAAAAUUAUGGAGGCUGAAUCUCUCGCUGUCCGUAUGCUUCUCGAAUCGAACUCAGAUGAUUCUUUAAGUCAUUCCGAGAAACCCAUAUUUAAAAAGAGUUUGAAACAGAAACUAAAUUCGACCGGUAGUAGCGAAGAUUCAAGUUCCGACGACGACAGUAAUUUGAAUGGUGAGAAACAGAAUUCCUCAAAGGAAGGACAAAAGAAAAAUGAAAGACCUUCGUCUUCGAUUGAAAAACAAGAUAACAGCAGCAAGGACUCGAACUCCAACAUUGAUAGCGAGUCGAGCAUCGGAAAGAGGUAUUCUUUAAGAAAAAAGAAUGCUGAGAAUAAGAAAGAUUCGACAUCGCUUAAAAUGCUAGUAAAUAAUAAGAUGAAGAAUUCGAUUGAAUCGGACAAAAUAAUUUCUUGCAAGGUUGUUCUAGAGAGAUUACCGAAAAGCGUACUAAAUAAGCAUAACAACACGUUGGAAAAGUCACGGGAAUACUUAGAAAGCAAAGAAUUUCGAAGUUUAAUCCGUGUAGAUAAUCUGGGAAGAAACACUAGAAGCAAGAGCUUGACGCGAAGUUCAAACAUCACUCAGUUAUGUAGAAACUCGAAAAGUAAGAGCAAAGAAGCGGAGGAAACGUUAUUGGAUCAUUUAAAAAGAAUCGAAGAAGGGAACUUCGAUGAAGCCGUGGGAAACGAUGCUGUUUCUGAUCCCGAGAACGAUAAUACAGUUAUGAAAACCGAUACCACUAUGCAAAGCAACGAAGAUUUGAUCAAACAGGCAGACGCUGUUACAAAGAAAAUGCUUUUGUAUUCGUCGGAUUCGGACGCUCCUAUCGAGAAGAAAGUCUCGUCUGAAAGCGACGAGGAGAAAAAUAUGAAUAAAUCGGGAAAACCUGUGGAGAAACCAAUCGCGAAAUCAACGCAGGAAGACAGUGAUAAGGAAAAUGACGAGGAACGGGAGAAAAGUAGAUGGAGGAGGCAUAAACUGUUGACAAUGAAGCUUACCUCAGAUUCAGACUCGGAUGUUGCUAGACAAAAAUGGGUUAAAAAGCAGGAAAAGUUGGCAGAGACUGCGAAAAAUGAUCAAGCAGAGGAUUCGGAGAAGAAUAACGACUCCAUCAUGAAACGCAAACCGAGAACUCGUCGAAAAAUUAUGGUUUCAGAUGAUUCGGAUGUCAAAUCUGACCCUGACUCGAAUAGUUCCGUAGAAUUACUAGAGAAUAAAUCGUCGGAUAGCGAUUCUUCAGUGGGAAAACGGAAGAAGGGAAAUAAGCGCAAAAUGCAAAAAUCAUCCGACUCAGAUUCGAUGACAGUUAAAAAAAAAACCAAACCCAAACGAAAGCGUAUUAAAAAUAUGUCGAGCGAUAGCGAUGCAGAGAGCGAUGAUCAAAUGACCAAUUCUCAAGGAACGCCCGGUAAGAAAGGUCGCAAAAACAUCCGGAAAGUGAUGGAAGAGGAACUGGUUGCGGAUGAUACCAAGUUGGCCGCAAAAGCAGAGGAGGAGAGGCUUAAACGUAUUGCGGAGAGACAGAAGGUGUACAACGAAAUGUACGAAGCUAGACUGGCUAGCGAGGAAAAGGUGGAUAAACUAGUAUUAGAUUUCGAUCCGGACACGAAGAAGGAGCUAGUAACCGUUCACGAGAAGCUGGUCAAACGUCUGAAACCGCAUCAAGCCGAAGGGAUAAAGUUCAUGUGGGACGCGUGUUUCGAAUCGCUCGAGAGAAUAAAGACUUCACCUGGCUCCGGAUGUAUAAUCGCGCAUUGCAUGGGACUGGGGAAGACGCUUCAGGUGAUUGCGUUGGUGUACACGCUACUAACUCACGAGCAGACCGGCGUCAAAACUGUGUUGAUCGUCUCACCGCUGAACACGGUACUUAACUGGUUAAACGAAUUCAAUUUAUGGUUGAAGGACCUAGACGACUACAAUGAUGUGGACGUGUACGAGAUGACAAAACUUAAAAAGAACGUCGAGCGUGUUUACCAAUUACAACAUUGGCACGAAUCCGGCGGCGUAAUGAUCAUCGGCUACGAGAUGUUUAGGAAUCUCAGUGCGAAUAACAACAGAAUGAGGAAGAAGAUGAGAGAAGAUACUCUGAGGUAUUUGAUAGAUCCCGGGCCAGACUUGAUAGUUUGCGACGAGGGGCAUUUACUAAAAAACGAGGACACUGCUCUGAGCAAAUCCAUAAAACGUAUUAAGACUCUACGGAGGAUCGUUCUCACAGGAACGCCGUUGCAGAAUAAUUUGAAUGAGUACCAUUGCAUGGUACAGUUCGUGAAACCCAGCUUACUUGGUACGAAGGCGGAAUUCUCAAACAGAUUUGUGAAUCCGAUUACUAAUGGCCAGUUCGAUGACUCUACGGAGUACGACGUUAAAUUAAUGAAGAAACGGGCGUAUGUAUUAAAUAAGAUGUUGAAAGGUUGCGUGCAAAGAUGCGAUUAUUCCGUGUUGACACCGUUUUUACCACCGAAACAGGAAUACGUGAUAUUUGUCAGCCUAACGGAAACGCAAAUCAAUUUGUACCGAUAUUAUUUAAAUCAUCUCGCGAGAAAGGGCCGUUACACGGCAACUCUUUUCGCCGAUUUCCAAGCGUUGCAAAGGAUAUGGACCCAUCCCCUCGUUUUGCGGAUGAACUCCGAGAAAAUCGAAAAGUUGAACGAGAAAAAACUAGACUCCGAAUCUGAAGGAUCUUUAAAGGACUUCAUCGAUGAUUCUGACACAGAAUCUGGAAAGAGUAGCAGCAGCUCUAGUAGUGUCUACAUUGAGGAUGACGAUGCAGCUCCAAACGCUGGAAAGUCACAGAACAAAACAUCAAAAAGGGGUACGAGGAACACACCUGCAAUAGACGUACCAGAGGAAACGGAGGAACCCGAGAAGAAGGAAGAAGAAUGGUGGUUGCAAUUUGUGAAGCCCGAGGAUCUUGAAGACAUGAGGGUUUCGGCAAAACUGAUGCUGCUCUUUGGCAUUUUGAAAGAAUGCGAACAAAUCGGUGACAAAGUGUUGGUAUUCUCGCAGUCGUUAUAUUCGUUGACUCUGAUCGAACGUUUCCUGGAGAAGAUCGAUGAUAGCACCCAGAACAACAGCACCUCGGAGCUGAUCGCUGGUCACACCGGUAGCUGGUCGUUGGGUUUGGAUUAUUUCCGGUUGGACGGACAAACGAACGCUGAGAACAGAAGCGCGUGGUGCAAGAUAUUUAACAGGCCGACGAACACGAGAGGUAGACUAUUCUUAAUCUCGACGCGGGCUGGUGGGCUGGGAAUAAACCUGACUGCUGCCAAUCGUGUCAUCAUAUUCGACGCCAGUUGGAACCCUUCUCACGAUGUCCAAAGCAUAUUCCGCGUGUAUAGAUUCGGUCAGAAAAAACCUUGUUACGUUUAUCGAUUCCUAGCAACUGGAACAAUGGAGGAGAAGAUUUACAAUCGUCAGGUGACAAAACUGUCACUCUCUUGCAGGGUUGUCGACGAGCAACAGAUAGAACGUCAUUACAGUAAUAAUGAUCUCAGCGAAUUGUAUACCUUCGAGCCCAAAACCGAAGAUAAUCAAACUUUGAAUUUACCAAAGGACAGAUUAUUGGCAGAAAUAUUUUUGAAGUACAAGAACUAUGUGAAAAAUUAUCAUGAGCAUGACUCCCUCUUAGAAAACAAAACCGAGGAAGAGUUAAACGAGGAAGAGAGAAAGCAGGCUUGGACGGAGUACGAAGAGGAAAAGAAGGGAAAACCGAAAGUGUUACCAACGUUCGCGAUGCAGGGAGCAUACACCCAAAAUCCGUUGAUGAAUAAUCAGUACACUCCGAUACCGCAAAUGAACCUAGCCACGGAUUACAGUAAUCUUCGAGAACUUCUUCAGAAAGAUUAUCCCAACGCAACUCCAGAAAUGCAGCAAAUGUUGACGAGUCGCGCGUUGGCAGAAAUGUACAACUACUGGGAAAAACAGACUAUGAACAAUGUCACGAAGCAACUACUCGAGCAGCCGAUACAGAAUCAAAAUACAAAUUUGAGAGCAGUUAUAUCGAAUCCAGUAGCGUUAAAUCGGGUAAAUUACGUGAUGCCGAAUGUAAACGCGAAUAUGUCGAAUCAACCAAAUAGGACCACCAGUAGACAAGCGGACGACGAUGAUGUUAUAGAGGUCACCUCUACGAGUACAGUGAAUAACAUAAAUAAAAAUCAAGAAGAGUAAACGAAAGAAAAUAUGUGGCUAUUCUUUUCAUAUUCUUUUAAGUUUAUAAUCCUAGAUAAUGUCAGUAUUAAUGUAAUUUAUAUCGAUUUCAAGUAGCGUAUAUAUUUUUGGCAUCACAUGAAAAGCCUUUGCAAAGCAAACUCUCGUUACAUCUCCGAAUUGAUACAUAAUAUUAUCUAGGGCAAGUGAAUUUUACUGUUUCAUAUGCUCAAAACAAAAGAAUGGGUACAAUUUUUUGAAAUAUUGAUGGCACAUAGCUAUUAAUUAUGAAAAAAAUUCCGUUAUUGAUUUGAAUAAUAUAAGAUUUUAAUGAAUAUAUGACAUUCAGAAAUUGUAUUUAUGUUACUAGUAGUUUAAUAUAAAAGUCGUAAGCAUUGAGAAGAUAUAAAUCUAGACGUUCAGUUUACAUUUAAUUGAAUUUGUUAGAAUUUUGAAAAAAAUGUAUAUAAGGAUUCCUUGGUAGAAUGAUACGAAUUACUUGUUUUCUACUAGUUAUACUAGACUCAUUUUUAUAAUAAAGUUUUGAUCAAUAAUACUUUCUAGGCAGAAAGUAAAGAAAAUUAA